UGCAUUUGUGAUGAAUUACUAUUAUGGUACUGACAUCAAUAAAAUAAACGAAAUAGAAAAACAAUAUGAUACAUUAUCAGUUGUGAAGCCAGGCCAGUCUCUAGUUGGAUGGGCAAUGAGUGUUAGAAUUCGACUACAAGAAUUAUUAACCAAUCAGAGAUUUA